AUGAAUCAAACCACAGCUGUUCGCGUAUUGAAGUCAAUCGGCAAGGUAUGCUCUUCAGCACCAUGUGUGUCUGCGCUUGAGCGUGAAGAGAGAAAGGCACCGGAAAUGAGAAGUGAAUUCCCUAUUCUAACAUUCACCGGCGUGCCCAAUGGGUUGACAAAGUUGCACCCUGCUUCAUGUCGUUUUGACCCUACUAUAGAGUCGGCAUCAACGCACCACCUCAAGGACAAGAGGAAAGAAAACAGUCGAAUGACCUCAACGAUCUCUCGCAACGCAUGCUUCUUCUUUGUACACACUUCUUUUUUCCUUAAUCGAACGCGGAUUGCGGUCGCCGGCAAAGAGAGGAGCCGAAGGUCGGAUCUUCACUUCUGA